AUGUCCCGCAAGACUCAGAAGCCAAUCCCCAAGUUCGAAGUUGGCGAUGACUAUAGGAUUCUCAAUUCUUUAGGAGAAGGUGCAUAUGGCACGGUAGUGUCUGCCCUACAUGUCCCGACAGGGGCUCAAGUGGCUAUCAAGAAAGUCCGGCCCUUCGAACACACUUUGUUCUGCCUACGCACGCUCAGGGAGCUCAAAUUACUCAAGUUCUUCUCGGAGGUCUGCGUGAACGAAAAUAUUGUAUCAAUCUUGGAUAUCGUCAAGCCACCAUCAUAUGAAGAUUUCACGGAGAUAUACUGCAAGUUUGUUCAAGAGUUAAUGCAGACCGAUUUGCACCGCGUAAUCCGCACGCAGCAGCUCACAGAUGAUCAUUGCCAGUAUUUCAUCUAUCAAACAUUACGAGCACUCAAGUCCAUCCACUCGGCGGACAUUGUCCACCGAGACCUGAAGCCCGCGAACCUCCUCCUUAACUCCAACUGCGAUCUGAAGGUCUGCGACUUCGGAUUGGCGCGCAGCGUCAACAGCGCGAGCCCUGAUGGCAAAGAUGCCGGUUUGCUCACGGAGUACGUCGCAACGCGGUGGUACCGCGCCCCGGAGAUCAUGCUCAGCUUCAAGAGGUACACAAAGGCUAUUGAUAUGUGGUCUGUCGGGUGUAUUUUGGCCGAGCUGCUCACCGGGAAACCCCUGUUCCCCGGACGGGAUUACAGCCAUCAGCUAGAUCUCAUCUUGGAUGUCAUCGGCACGCCGACUCUGGAUGAGUACUACUCAAUCACCUCUCGACGUUCUCGGGAAUACAUCCGCGCGCUGCCCAUCCGGAAACGCCGGCCAUUCACAGCUUUGUUCCCAAAGGCAUCCGAGGAUGCUAUCGACUUCCUCCAGCGGACUCUCACAUUUGAUCCCAAGAAGCGCAUCACCGUGGAGCAGGCAUUAGAGCAUCCAUAUCUCGCGGCCUACCAUGAUCCGGAGGAUGAGCCCACAUGCGCUAUUCUGGAUCCCGACUACUUUGCCUUUGACACUUACAAGGACGCACUAUCCAAGGAAGAGCUAAAGACUCUUCUGUAUGAAGAAAUCAUCUCAUUCAAUUCGGGGUUGUAA